AUUUCUCACCUCAAAAUGCAAUUUGUUUUCGAUUAAUUAUCCACAAAAUGUUUGUUAAACUAAAUAGUUUUGAUAAAUAAAAAUCAUUUAAUUUCACUUUUUCAAAACUUAUUUUUUCAGAACCAUGAACCCAAUAUACACCAUAUUAUGGGCUAUAAUGUCAACAUUUCAGCAUAUUUACAACAACACAGGGACUGUGAAAACGAGUUCUGGAGACGGUAUGGACGACUAUCACCCUCGGUAACUGGAAUUGAGGAAGCAAUAGAAAGAAUUAAAAAAACACACACAGGUAACUGGGGCGAAUCAUUAGAACUAGAAGGUGAUUUUGGAGACUUGUAUUCCAAUUGCAACAAAGAAUUAUUGGAAGAAUGUUUAAAACAAAGCUGCCAAUUAGCUAAAUUUUCACAGGAAUCAAUAGAGUUUAUUCUAAACUUAAUGUCAGUAUCAAUGAACCAUUCAUACUUCAAAGAACCGAAGGGGAUUUAUAAAACACUAAAGGGUUUUUCAAUGGGAGACAACUCUGCUGCGAGAGGCAGCGAAUUAAUCCUCAGAAUUUUCGAAUUAAAGAUAUUCAAAAAAUUACAAGAACGCAAACUACAUAAAAAUGUAAACAGAUAUUUAAGAUUUCGUGAUGAUGUUUCAUUACACAUUAUAGGAAGCCCGGAAACAAUGCUCAAAAUAGUUAAAAUUAUAACAACAGGUUACCCAGAUGCUAUACAAUUCAACGUCGAAACUAAGAUUAUAUAUGGGAAGUUCCUAAAUAUUAAAAUUUUCAACAACCCCUCAACUACAAAACCGGUAACAACGGUAUUAAGAAAAUCCAACUCAAAAUAUGAUAUAAUUCCAUUUAACUCUAAUAUAAGCCCAAAAUAUAAAAAAAUGGCAGGUUUAUGCUAUUUCAAAACAAACAAGACACAUACAACAUCAGAAGAAGAACUAGGUCGGCAAAAUGACAUAGUUACUGCUAUUCUAAAACAAAAAGGUUUUCCGUCAAAUUUCAUUAAAAAACUAGCUAAAACACCAAAAGACAAAGAAAUAAAAGAGAAAAAGAAGUUUACCGGAGUUACAGUUUUUGACAGCAUCAGUAUGAGACACAAAUUUGUUAAAAACGUAAUAAAAAACUCAACAAUAAACAAAGAAGUUUAUUACCUACCUACAGAAAUCCCAGGAACAAAAUUAGAACAAUUUAUCUUCACAAUUAAGAAAAUGAAAAACCAACUGGGUUUUUAAAUCAAUCCUCAUCAAAAACAAACUAGGUCUAUAAAAUUAACAUAAACAUUACAACGAGUUUUUUCCGGGUUUUUUCUGCAAAUGGAAAAAAGCAACAAAGGAAAAUUGGUCCCCGAAGCAUGGGUCCGGUGUUCAUGGAGCACCGGACCCAUGUGGGGGUUUUCCCAUUGAAAACGGGAAAACCAAUCCGACAAUGACCGGUGCUCCAUUGCAUUGGCACACAUGAAAAGACCAAUGUUCCUUUCGAGCAAAUUUUGAUCUUACCAAAAUAUAAACAUAUGGAUUUUUCAAACUUAGUUAUGAAAUUUUAAACUAGCUUUCAAAACAUUAUCAUUAUUGCAAAGGAAAAUUAAACU